AUGUCUCGAGCAACUGUCGUUAUCUUGCUUUGCGUUUCCCUUGUUGAAGGCCAAACGAAUCGCUUCAAAGCUUGUUCAAAAUCGGUCAACCUUGGUGUCACAUUUUACACUGCGAAAGAAUUGGAACCAAUUUUAAAAUGUGCCGAGAAGCCGUUUUAUACUAAUCCAGAUGACACCGAUACAAUGAUAUCUAAUGGGAAGAGUUGUGUGAUAAAUAAUUCUAUGAAUAAAGCGAUUCCUGCAUUGAGUUUGUACAACGGCUUCAACGGCUGCACAGAUUUGAUGGCGCUUCUUAACAAGCUUAUGACACCAUUCCUUAACCAAACCAAACCGGUUAUCAAUUUGGCUUUGAAAGUGUUGAACAACUGCAAGAAGAACAAUAAGAAGACUGGUGCUGCUAAACAAGAAGCAUGCAUGAACCAAAUUUACGGAAAAUGCAUCGGCUCAGUCACUCGCAAGUUCGUCGACAAGGUGUGCAAAGCUUUGGCGAAGAAGAUGAACGCCAAAGAAUGGGGAUGCGCCAAGGAAUACUUGCCAAAAGUUGUGGACGUCUCUUCAUACUCGUGCUACAAAAUUGUGAAGUAA